AUCCUAACCAGUACCAGCCAAACCAGCAUCACCAGUCAAACCAGUACCGUCAGCCAAACCAAUCUCCUUUCAUCCGUCUUUUGCUUGAGCACGAGGUAAGGCAGAAGACUCAGUCAUUAGGACACUUGAACCUUCAGAGAAUGUUCAAGAACAACCACCCGGAAGGAAAAGCACUGGCCAACAGAGAUGUGUUACUGAUGAUCCUCACCAAGUUUCUGGGCAGAUUCAUCACACUGCAGCAGUACAGCCAGUUGGUGCUCCGACUGCAUUUGUCCAAGAAGGCAGCCAUUGGCUUUGAGGAGCUGUGGGAGGCCAUAAGAGAGUCUGGAGCAGGUGGACUAGCCGCUUGGUUUAACCCCAACCAGGACCCCAGCACAGCCCCUCCCCUUGCUCCAGCUGCAGUCACAGCCUCCCAGACCCUCUCCCUAUUGCGGGGACAGGCCCAGAACAGGUUCCUGGAGGGCAUAGAGUCACGUCCCACAGAGCUAGGCCUACAGAGGACCAGUUGGAUUGUAGCUCCAGAGCUGAAGAGAUGUCUUUCACAGCUGGGCCUCAACUUAGAGGGAGUUUGA